AAAUCUUCCCGACUUGCGCCAAAGAACACAACCACAAACAACAAACAACCACAGCACCAACCGACCGACUGGAAACAAACCAUGGACCGAACGGUGGACUUUGAUGGGCUGGCUCGCAGGGCGAAGCAAGGCGCGCGCGGGCCAGGAGCUCAGCAGGAAACAUCGGACAGAAGUACUAUUGACCGCCCAAGCAAAAGCGCACACGCGUUGCACUCUGCCUUUGUCGUGGAAGAAGACAGGCUGGCGACGCUGCUGCAGGAGCUGCUGCAAGUGCUGAACAAACCGCAUGCCAUCGUUGCCGCCUCCUACCCUGUUCCAACAACGUCGACUGGACUACAUGAAGACGACGAAGGUGUCGCCGCUCAAGGCAUCGCUACCGCCACAACUGGUUCAGCACAUGUGCGGGGCAUCCACGAGCAGCACGGGCUGCGGCAUCGCCACGCAGGCAACGCACCCGCGACACAAACCCAUCACAACGCACCUGCGCGCGCAUCUGUGCUGCCACAACGGCAGCAACACGGCCACGGCCACGACAGGGCACCCGCAUCAGCACCACUUGAAGCACAAGCUCAAGCACACAUGCAAUGGACAUGGUACGACCCGUUCACCACGGCCAAAGCCUUGCAGGAGGCGCAAGCUGAUGUGGAGCGUGUCAGCCAGGUCCUGCAGAAGCUGCAGCAGCAGUUGGACGGUGUGAAGCCGGAUCUGAACGGCGGCAUGCAGGCCUUCCACUCCAACACGCUGAAAGAGCUCAAGGCACGCUGCGUGCUCGCCCUGGACCUGUGUCACCAGCGAGCGGCGCUGAGAUGGCGCCAUGAGGCCAUGCGCACGUGCACAACCGCAGAUGCAAGGCAGCUGUACCUCAACCUCCCGCGCUUGGCAACACGGUCGCAGGGGUUUGCCAUGGGUCUGAAGCGGAAGCAGGCUCGCCGCAGAGCAAGACGGAGCCCCGAAGGAAACCGUUCGCAGGCGGGCGCUGUGGCUGAGGCGGGUGUUGAGGAGGAACAGCACAACCGGGAUGGUGUUGAUCGCCGUCAUGGUGCUGCAACAACUACCACAGGCGCAAGCGCGACAGAACCGGGACUGACAGAGCCGGCAGCCGAAGCGAGCAACGCACGGCCAGAAAAGGAUCCACUGAGCAUGCCCAACUCCUCCAGCACAAGUUCCUCCACCAACACUCGCCGCAACAGAGGAGCAAGGCAAUUACUUGGUGAACAGCAGCACAACAGGGCUGGUCGUAGCAUGGAUGGUGGCAAUCAGGCCCAGGGUGGUGGUGUUGGCGGUAGUAGCGACGAUGCGUUUGACCUUGGGAGUAUGCUAGCGGAGGUGCCAGAGGCGUGCACGCAAGCGCUGAAGCAAGAGCAUGCGCAGCUGCAGAACACGUGCCACGACAUGCUGCGAGACAUUGGCGCUAUGCACGCGCAGGUGGGGGAGAUCAGCAAGCUGCAGCAGCGCUUCUCGCAGCUUGUGGACACGCAGCAACAGACCAUCACCCACAUCACGGAGGCCACUGUGUCCACGCUGGGCAAUGUGAGUGCAGGCAACCGUGAGCUGAAGGAGGCGAGCAGACACAACCGCGACUUUCGUCUGGUCAUUAUUGUCUUCUUUGCUGUGCUCACUCUUGCUCUGCUGUGCCUUGACUGGCUACACGCAUGAUUUUGUGUGUGUGCGUGCGUGCGUGUUUAUGUGUGUGUGUGUGUGUGUGUGUGUGUGUGUGUGUGUGUGUGUGUGUGUGGAAAAGGUACGUGUCCAUCUUUGCACCUGUCUGUCUUUCUGUCUGUUUGCCUGUUUGUCCUCACUUCUGUCCUUUCUGUCCUUUCUGCUUGUCUGUCUACUUGUUUGGCGCGAGCUUUGCUUGUGCUCUUCUUACACGCAGCGCCGUUUGUUUGGCUUUGUGUUUUCUUUGCAUUCAAUCGUCGUCCGUCACUCAGUUGCAUAAAACGCACACGACGCACGCCAUGCACAUGUGCAUCACUCGUGCUGCAGCCAUCACACAUGAUGUGC